AUGAUGCGAACUCAGGUUGUGGCUUUUGCCUUUGCUGGCAACGAUCAUGGGCCCGUGCGCACGGAUUCCAGGCAUAACGGCGCCGGCCACCUAAUGUGCGGCCAAAGCCACGUGACAAGCGCAGAGAGCUUGCAAAGGGGCAUCGGCCCGAGCCCGGGCAAGGCAGACUGGAAGGUGCACAGAAACUCCGUUAGACAACCGAGGCCGCAGAAGGCUGGCAUCGUGACACGAGUGGGAAUAGCGCAAAAGAACGUAACCCAGUGCUGUUACAGCGAGCGCUUGGUAGCUGGGAUAGCGACUGGAAUCAGGAGCUCAGAUCCUCCCAACACGCCCUCGGCAACCACUCUGUCACACAUCACCCUGGUUCGGCUUCUGCCUUCACUAACAGGCCGCGAAACUAGAAGAAGCGGGGCCCUUCUGGCAGCCUACCCCAGCAGUCGGGGAAACUGGAUAGAAUUGGACAUCCUCAGCCAGGGCUGUGGGCUGAACACGCUCAAGCUGUCCAACGCCUACGAAGUCAUCGCCUACAUUCCAGGGGAGGGCCACAACCUGCAGGAGUUCUCAUCUGUUCUAAUGCGCGGAGGGCGUCGUAAGGACCUCGUCGGAGUCAGGUACAACCUCUGCCGUGGCGCCCGUGAUCUGCAGGGAGUGCAGGGCCGCAAACAGUCGCGAAGCAAGUAUGGUGCCGAGAAGCCUGACGACUAG